GGGCCUGGUCACACUGAUCGAUAUCUCUCGAGUGAUUUAGCAUUUUUCGGCAUAAAAAAAUAAAAAGUUGCAAUUAAUUGAAAAUAAUUCAACUCGAGAAAAGUUAAGAAAAAAAACUUUGGAAUGAGUCUCACAUCAGCUGCAGGGAUUAUAUCCCUACUGGAUGAGCCGAUGUCCGAUCUGAAGGUGUUCGCCCUGAAGAAGCUGGACAACAUUGUGGAUGAAUUUUGGCCGGAGAUUUCCGAGUCGAUUGAGAAAAUUGAGAUGUUGCAUGAAGACCGUGGAUUCCCGGAGAACAAAUUGGCUGGAAUGGUUGCCUCAAAGGUGUUCUAUCACUUGGGCUCGUUCGAAGAUGCCUUGACAUAUGCGCUGGGCGCUGGCGAUCUUUUCGAUGUGAAUGCUCGCAACGAGUACACCGAGACGAUAAUUGCCAAGUGCAUUGAUUUCUAUAUUGCCCAGCGGAUUGAGUCCAUUGAGAAUCCCAAGGACGCCAAGCCAGUGGAUGAGCGUCUAGAGGGAAUCGUAAAUCGCAUGAUUCAGCGCUGCUUGGAUGACAAUCAAUUCCGACAGGCUCUGGGCAUUGCACUGGAGACCAGACGGAUGGAUAUCUUUCAGCAGGCCAUUAUGAAUUCAGACGAUGUGCGUGGAAUGCUGGCAUAUGCCUAUAAUGUGACAAUGUCCCUGAUACCGAAUCGUGGUUUCCGCAACCAGGUGUUGCGAUGUCUGGUCAGUUUGUACAGAGAUUUGGGUGUGCCCGACUAUGUAAAUAUGUGUCAAUGUCUGAUAUUCCUUGAGGAUCCUCUGGCUGUGGCAGAGAUGCUUGACACACUUACACGCUCCUCGGUGGAGACAAAUAAUCUAAUGGCCUAUCAAAUAGCCUUCGAUUUGUAUGAGUCUGCCACGCAAGAGUUCUUGGGCAAUGUGCUGCAGGCACUAAAAGACACUGCUCCUAUUCCCACUGCACUUCCCAGCACAUUUAAACCGCAAGGCACUAACUCCGGUGACGGCAAAACGGAAGAGGAGAAGGACAAGGCAACGGAAGAGGAAAGCAGCGAGGAGAAGAUGGAAACUGCCACCCCAGAUCCCGCCAAGGUGGAGCGCACCAUUGAUUCUUUGAACGAUGUGGAGAAACUCCAUCAGAAAAAUAUUGAGAAACUAAUUUCCAUAUUGUCGGGCGAAGUGUCAAUUGAUCUGCAGUUGCAGUUUCUCAUUCGCAGUAAUCAUGCCGAUCUCCAGGUGCUACGUGGCACCAAGGAGGCCGUUCGAGUAUCCAUUUGCCACACGGCGACUGUCAUUGCUAACGCUUUUAUGCAUAGUGGCACAACAUCGGAUCAGUUCCUGCGUGAUAAUCUCGACUGGCUGGCCAGAGCUACGAAUUGGGCUAAAUUGACGGCCACUGCAUCGCUGGGUGUCAUCCACCGAGGCCAUGAAAAAGAUUCCUUGGCUCUGAUGCAGAGCUACUUACCGAAGGAAGCGGGUCCCAGUUCGGGUUACUCAGAGGGUGGAGCUCUUUACGCUUUGGGUCUGAUCCAUGCCAAUCAUGGAGCCAAUAUCAUUGAUUAUCUUUUGCAACAACUAAAGGAUGCACAAAAUGAGAAUGUACGCCACGGCGGAUGCCUGGGAUUGGGUCUAGCUGGCAUGGGCACUCAUCGUCAGGAUCUGUACGAACAAUUGAAAUUCAAUUUGUACCAGGAUGAUGCGGUCACUGGCGAGGCGGCAGGCAUUGCCAUGGGAAUGGUCAUGUUGGGCUCCAAGAACGCCCAAGCUAUUGAGGAUAUGGUGUCAUAUGCCCAAGACACUCAGCACGAAAAGAUUCUGCGUGGCUUGGCCGUCGGUAUAUCACUGACGAUGUUCUCACGCCUGGAAGAAGCUGAUCCUUUGGUGACUAGCCUCUCCAGCGACAAAGAUCCUGUCCUACGCCGUUCCGGCAUGUACACUCUGGCGAUGGCUUACAAUGGAACGGGUAGUAACAAGGCCAUUCGUAAGCUCUUGCAUGUGGCCGUUUCCGAUGUAAAUGAUGAUGUGCGUCGGGCCGCUGUUACCGCCAUUGGUUUCAUUCUCUUCCGCACACCGGAACAGUGUCCUUCAGUGGUCAGUCUGCUGGCCGAAUCGUAUAAUCCACAUGUGCGCUAUGGUGCUGCGAUGGCUUUGGGUAUUGCUUGUGCCGGCACCGGAUUGCGUGAGGCUAUUGCUCUUUUGGAGCCAAUGGUGAAGUUCGAUCCUGUUAACUUUGUGCGCCAGGGAGCUCUAAUGGCCUCGGCCAUGAUCUUGAUCCAGCACACCGAUCAGAGCUGCCCCAAAACAACUUUCUUCCGGCAAUUGUAUGCAGAGGUUAUCAGCAACAAGCAUGAAGAUGUUAUGGCCAAAUACGGAGCCAUUCUCGCUCAAGGCAUCAUUGAUGCUGGCGGACGCAAUGCCACCUUGUCGCUUCAGUCCCGCACUGGUCACACCAAUCUGCAGGCAGUGGUGGGCAUGUUGGCUUUCACUCAAUAUUGGUAUUGGUUCCCUCUGGCUCAUACCCUGUCGCUGGCCUUUACGCCCACAUGUGUGAUUGGUCUUAAUUCCGACUUGAAGAUGCCCAAAAUGGAGUACAAGUCGGCUGCGAAGCCAUCGCUCUAUGCCUAUCCCGCACCACUAGAGGAAAAGAAGAGCGAGGAGCGGGAAAAGGUAGCCACUGCUGUCCUAUCCAUUGCUGCACGUCAAAAGCGUCGUGAAAAUGCCGACAAGAAGGAGGAUGAGAAAAUGGAUGUGGAUGAAGAUAGCAAAGAAGGAGGAGCUGCUGUUAAGAAAGAGGACGAUAAGUCCGAGGUCAAAACAGAAGAGAAACCAUCAGCCGCCGCAGAAGAAAAGCCCAAAAAGAAGGAGGACAAAAAGAAAGACGACGACAAGGAUAAGGAAAAAGAAAAAGAGGCAACAGCCAGCACCAGUGCAAGUGCUGACAAAGAGAAAGACAAGAAGGAGGAAAAGAAAGAUAAAAAGGAACCAGAACCGAAUUUCGAAAUCCUACAGAAUCCCGCUCGUGUCCUGCGUCAGCAACUCAAGGUCCUCAGCGUCAUCGAUGGCCAGUCAUAUGAGCCACUUAAAGAUGUCACAAUUGGUGGCAUUAUUGUAUUCCAGCAUACCGGCAAGGCCGAGGAGCAGGAACUUGUCGAACCAGUUGCCGCUUUCGGUCCCAUGAAUGAUGACGAGAAGGAGCCCGAGCCACCAGAGCCAUUUGAAUAUAUUGAAGACUAAAUGGGCAUGUUGUUUGUCAUUAUCUAAGCAAAAGUUUUUCUUUCUAAUUUGUCCUCCCCCUUCAAGCCUUUUUAGUUAAGCUCAUUUUUCACUAAAGUGUACUAAAAAAACAAAAACAAACAAUUACGCCGAAUUAUUGCUAAUCCGUAAAUAUAAUAAAGUUCAUAAACUUCAUAAAA